UUCCGCUACGAGGUGUCUUUCUUUACGAAUUUGUCCAUCUUUGUCGUAGUUUGUAUAUAAACUAUUCGACGUGCCGGCGGUCACAUAGUUUGUGUCGAUUUUGCUACCAUGAAGUUUCUGAGUGUGGUGCCCAUUGUCUUCUGUGUGGUGCAGUGCGCCCCCAAAUUAAGGAUCGUCCCCAGCCAGACGCCUCCCCAGCUCCUUACCCUCCCCAGCAACGCCACCACCAUCCGCCUCGACAUCAGCGACUCCUUCAGCUGCGAAGGCCGCAGCUACGGCUACUACGCGGACGUCGACAACGACUGUCAACUCUUCCACGUAUGUCUUCCCAUAACCUACUCCGACGGCCGCAACCAGACCUUCCGGUGGAGCUUCAUCUGCCCCGAAGACACAGUAUUUAACCAAGAAAUAUUCACUUGCACGAGGUCGGAUGAGGCAAUCGAUUGUGCCGACUCCCCGAGGUAUUACGGCUUGAACACCAACUUCGGGAGCGAGGAGGUGGACGCGGACAUCGACGACUCGACGUCGGUGCCGGCGGAGGUGCCGCAGGUGCUGACGAGGAGGAUUCCGUACAAGAACUGACGUGGUUAGGGUUUAGAGAUUUGUUGUUAGAGUGUUCUGGGGGCAAAUCUGGAGGGUGAUGGUUUUUCUAGGGGAUUUUUGAUUUUGGUGCCGCCCUGAUCUCGAUGGACUUCUUGCGGCUUGCCGGGAGGUUGGUUUGUGUUUUCUUUCUUAUGGACAAUAAAUGAUUUUAUGUAA